ACCCUGAGGAACAUCUUACCUAAAGCUACUUCUCCUGGGUUCAGGUUGCUCUUACAAGAUCAAGCACUAGAGGAGAAGAAGGAUUUUAGGUUGUGGUAACAUGGCAUCUCUGAAAACUGUGCUUUAUCUGGGAGUCUGUCUGUCUGCUUGGAUCAUCACUACUGCAGAUGAGAACUUUGUGCCCAAAGCGGAGAACAUACACUGGGUGUCUCUGGACUUUAAAAUCGUCCUCGUCUGGACUACCAUACCUUCUGAUCACAAAUACACUGUCUGGUACUCUAGCAAAGAAAGUGACUGGAGGCCAAGUCAGAACUGCAUCAGAAUAUCACAUUCAGAAUGUGAUCUGACCGGGGAGCUGAGACCCUUAGACAGGACCUACACUGCCACCAUCAAAACAGAGCCCGCGGAGCUGUACGAUGACGAUGACUAUGACCUGGAUGUGUCCCAUAGCAGUUAUUCCACUUCCUUCAACCCCUAUAGAGAGACUAACAUCAGUGUAGUGAAUUUCAACGUGGUGGUCGUGAAUGCGAGCAGAGUGAUUUUGAACAUCACGGAUCCUCUGAGCGGGGAACAUGACACUGGGAGGCAGCUCAGCAUCAGAGACAUUCUCAAGAAGAACCUCAAGUAUAAGAUCAGCUACUACAAGUCUGGAAGCACGGGCAAGAGAGACAUCAUAUCUAACUCCACUACAGCAGAGGUGUCCAAGCUGGAUGCAGGACAGAGUUACUGCUUCAUGGUGGCAGCUUUCAUCCCCUCCAGACCCAAAAGCACCCAGCAGGGACCCUGGAGCAUCCAGCAGUGUACACCCGGAGACGAUAACGUCCUGCAAGAGCUGAGUCUAGCAGCGUGCGUCGGUGCAGUCUUCAUCCUGCUGACGGUCCUCGUCAUCAUCGUAACGGUGACCGUCCUCUGCUGCAGACGCCGCCGACAGAGAAACACAUUUCAGUCAUCGGCACCUGUUUAG